CGUCCAAAGAACCUGCCCCGCAUUACACCAACCACAAGAGAUAAAAAUUGAAGUUUAGAGGUGCGUUAGCUCAACUUGUGGCACUGCUCGAGGUGUAAGUGUUGCGUUUUUGGCUCGAAAAACUACACUUAAGAUAUAAGGAAUUUGCAGUAUGCUCACUGGCAUGAACUGAUGUGCGCUAUGAUUGAUUGAAUUUCAUGGAUAAGCACAUGGACGUAUAAUAUUAAACGCAAUUUGAAACCGGGCAAGUCUACCGAAUCAGCAUCUUCCGUCAGAGCGGCGGUGCAGCCCCGCAGGAAGAACGCGCGUGACGCUGUGCCUCUCCGCUCCAGUCCUACCCAAGGAUUUUCUACGUUCUUUCAGCUCUUGUGAGGAAGCGAUGUUCUAAGGACCUACAGAGCCACAGAGCCGAGCGUUGGUUGGUGGUUUGUUGGACCUUUUGUGGACGAGCUAUUCCGUUGGAUUUAAGAACAGCCGCCCCUGGAGUUGAACUGACCAUAUCCAGGUGGGUGUGAGGCGUGUCACCCGGCGAAAAACAUGGAGACGUUCAGGAGAAUAGCAGGUGCGCUGUCGGGCAGGUGGCUGUGGGGAGCCGCCCUGUUCCUGCUGGUACUACAAGCCAACAGCAUCAGCGCGCAGGACAAUGUGACGGAGCCGGCAGUCCCGGCCGAGGAACCAUGUUCCCCUUUGCCCGAUCCAUGUAAGAAGGGUGUUAUAUUACCUCUAUGGGAACCCACUGUCAUGACCGAGGGGGACAAGGCUGCAAGAGCUACGAUCUACUUUGCCGGGUUGCUCUUCUUUUUCCUGGGAGUUUCAAUCAUUGCGGACAGAUUCAUGGCUGCCAUUGAGGUCAUCACUGCACAGGAGAGAGAAGUUACAAUCAAGAGAUCAGAUGGUACAACCCAAGUUGUGGUUGUCAAAGUCUGGAAUGAGACAGUUUCCAACUUGACUCUCAUGGCUUUGGGAUCUUCAGCCCCUGAGAUCCUUCUGUCCAUCAUUGAAAUCAUAGGAAACAACUUUAAUGCAGGAGACUUGGGACCAUCUACCAUUGUAGGUAGUGCUGCCUUCAACCUGUUUGUCAUCAUUGCCAUCUGUGUACAAGUGAUUCCUGAUGGUGAGGUUCGCAGAAUAAAGCAUUUGAGAGUGUUCAUCGUUACUGCAUCGUGGAGCUUGUUCGCAUACCUGUGGCUAUUCCUCAUCCUUGCUGUCAUCUCACCACGUGUCGUGGAUGUGUGGGAGGGAAUCGUCACCCUGGCCUUCUUCCCUGUUUGUGUGCUUAUUGCCUACGUCGCUGACAGGAGAUUGCUCUUCUACAAGUACCUGGACAAGAGAUACCGAGCAAGCAGGAGCAAGAAGGUCAUUGUGGCAUCUGAAGGUGGUGACAUGGAGCUGGCUGAGAAGGGCGGAGAGGAUGACUUGGCUGAUGGCGAUCUUCCAUAUGGAGUUGGUGACAACAAGCGUGAAAUCCAAGAACUGCUGAAGGAUUUGAGGAGGAAACAUCCUGAUGCUGACAUGGAUACCCUUAUGGAAAAGGCCAAUUAUGAGCUUCUCAACAGCGGUCCUAAGAGCAGAGCGUUCUACCGAAUCCAGGCUACCAGGAAGAUGACGGGAUCAGGCAACGUCAUCAAAAAGGGCAUCCAGAAAGACAUGCAAAGGGAAGCCAGCCUGGCAGAGAUCAGGAUAGGCCAUGAAGAUGACUCCAUCACCAAGGUGUAUUUCGAACCUGACAUUUUCACCGUUCUGGAAAAUGUGGGCACAUUCGACGUGAUUGUUGUCCGCAGAGGUGGAGAUCUCAACCGCCCUACCUACGUUGAUUACAAGUCUGAGGAUGGUACGGCCAACGCGGGCUCCGACUACGAGUAUGUGGAGGGCACUCUGUAUUUCAAGCCAGGUGAAACACAGAAGGAGAUCUCCGUUACCAUCAUCGAUGAUGAAGUCUUUGAGGAGGAUGAGCAUUUCUUCAUGAAGCUGAGUAAUGUCCGUACCAGCCCAGAGUCAGGGGGCGCCAACGACAUCAAGCUGGUCAGCCCUGCUGUAGCUACCAUCAACAUCCUUGAUGAUGACCACGCAGGUGUCUUCACCUUCGAGGACAAGGAGUUAGAAGUUCAUGAAAGUGUUGGCACCUACAAGCUGAAGGUUAUCAGGGGAGCAGGUGCCAGAGGCGUGGUCCGCGUCCCAUACCGCACCAUCGAUGGAAUCGCCAAGGGUGGCGGUGAUGACUACGAAGACGCUUUCGGCGAACUGGAAUUCCAAAACGACGAAACAUCAAAAGAAAUUGACAUCAUCAUCAUUGAUGAUGAAGAAUAUGAGAAGGAUGAGAACUUCUUUGUUGAGCUUGGUGAGCCCUACAAGGUCAAGGCAGAAGGAGAAGAAGGAGGAGAGGAUGAAGAGGAAGAAGUACAGGAACCAACCAAGCCAGUGGAGGAGAUGACCGAAGAGGAGCGCAUCAAAUGGCUGGGUAGGCCACAACUGGGCGAGCACAAGAAGGUCGAGCUCAAGAUCAUCGAGAGCUAUGAGUUCAAGAAUGCCAUGGACAAACUGAUGAAGAAGACAAACCUUGCUCUGGUGGUCGGAACCUCCUCAUGGAGGGAGCAGUUUGUGGAGGCUGUCACUGUUUCUGCAGGGGAAGAGGAGGAAGGUGAUGAUGACGAGGAUGAAGGUGAGGAGGGCGAGGAGGGUGAGGAGAAGUUGCCCUCCUGCUCUGACUACGUCAUGCACUUCCUAACCCUGUUCUGGAAGGUGCUGUUUGCCUUUGUGCCUCCCACUGACUACUGGGGAGGAUGGGCAUGCUUCAUCGUGUCUAUCAUCUGGAUUGGUAUCUUGACUGCAUUGAUCGGUGACCUGGCUUCAGGAUUUGGCUGCACAGUUGGUCUGAAGGAUGCUGUCACUGCCAUCUCCUUUGUAGCCCUUGGGACUAGUGUGCCAGAUACCUUUGCCAGCAAGGUGGCUGCAGUGCAAGACAAGUAUGCUGAUGCUUCUGUGGGUAAUGUGACAGGCAGUAAUGCUGUCAAUGUGUUCCUGGGCAUUGGGGUUGCCUGGUCCAUAGCUGCAAUCAAACAUGCGGUAGAAGGGAAUGCAUUUAAUGUAGACCCAGGAACAUUGGGAUUUGCUGUCACCCUAUUCUUCAUCUUUGCUAUUGUAACCAUUACAGUAUUGAUGCUUCGCCGGCUACCUGUUGUUGGUGGUGAGCUUGGAGGGAACCCCAAGUUUAAGCUCCCAACUACCCUGUUGCUUGUUGGUAUGUGGAUGAGCUAUGUAGUCAUCUCUGCUUUCCAGAGCUAUUGCUACAUCCCAGGUUUCUAAGCUUCUAAUAACACCAAAGGUGGAAUGUUAGGUCUUGUCCACAUUCUGAAGUAUAUGAUGAUACCAUCAGUAUACUGUGGGAUCUCUUGAACUCUGCUAUAGAGGGGUAGUGCAGGAGCUCUGUUUACCAUCACUGUUGAAAAACAGGACUCUGGCCCUCAUGAUGAGGCAAGUUUAUCACAAUGAUUGGUGGCAAGGAUAGAUCUCAUUGCAGAGAGUGUAGAUAAGGGCUUUUCUAAUAAUCUUAACAAAAGAAGCUUAAGCUGAAACUUGACUUUUCUAAACCUACAGGGGAGAAGACAGGUGCUAUGCAUGGAGCCAUAACAUUUCAGGUGCAAGAAGUAAGCAAUGUUUUAUCCAUAAAAAAAUAGUGGGGUUUAUCUUAAAUAAAAGAAAAUAAGUGAAAUUAGCUACAUGAUGCCACAUGCAAUGAGAUCAGCUUCCUGCCUGAGUGUGUAAACUGGAUGACUCCAAGUUUCUCAGAACAAUACAUGAACACAACAGGCUGGCAAUUUAGUGCUGCCCCAUGUACACAACUGAGGACCAAUUCAGACACUACAGACUAUAGUGAGUCAACUUUUACAUACUAGCCAGACUGUUCUGCUCUUCAAUCAUGAUUCUGUAAAAUAUGCAUAGAGAUUUAGUUCCACAUUAUCAUUUGUGACAUUAAUUCAUAUCAGUUGACAGAUCUAUUGAUUCUAAAUAGUAGAAAUAUAAAAGACUUUUAAAAAAAUGGCAACAAAUAAGAAAAUGAAUUGAUGAUGCCCACUGCAUUGCUAGCUUUCAUCGGUAGUUUUCAUGCAGCGCUGCCAGACCCUGGCUGUGGCAGUUACAACAAAAGGCUGGCAUUGAAUCCUAUUUGAAUGUUUUAAGUCGUGUUAUGUUACCUGACUUAUUUCAAGUUUGAGACAAGAAGUCAAGUUUCAGGUUGAGUUGGGAAGGUCAUUUUUGGGAGGGGCAAGCUUAUAUGUAGACACCAGCACUGUGUGACAGGUAAUGCUUUCUCUGUGGUAAGGAAACUGUAUGCAACAAAGAGGUAACAUGUAACAUUUGAAGAAUAGAAAUAAGAUAUUAAUAUCCUGAAAUAUAUUCAAUGGAAAUUUCUAACCAAGCUUUUUGGUUGCUGGAGAGUUAGGCUGAUAAGAGUCAUGUAGUAUUUACAUAUUUGCUUGUUGUCUAGGUUUUUGGAAAUGAUUGUAGAUAGGAUGCGUUUUCAAGUUGAUGCUUUUAGAGAUAACUAGAAUGUAGAGCAAUAGAGUAGUUGGCAAUUUGUAACGAAAAUAUGAUAGAGUAUAUUUAUUAAGUAAACAUUAAGCAAUGUGUGACAUAAAAGAUAUUGAUAAUGGACAGCUUAUGACAUUACCUGCAGAAUCAACUACUGUCCAACAAAGAACUGGAUUUUUAACAACAAAAAUGGAAUACACAAAUAUUACUACAUACUACAUGUCUGCAAGUUUAUAGAAUUUGAAUGAGCACAGUUAAUGUAACACUUCCCACCCUUUUAUAUCUGUGCAAUUUGAAUAGCAUCCCUUCAGUCACUACCAUACUAUAGUAAGGCAGUUGACAGCUGAAGUUAACGUACUAUUUAUCCACUGUACUAUAAACAAUUGUCUCCAAAAUUUUCUCUUUGCCCAACACAUACCUGCUUUGCAUGUGUGUUGUAAGUAUAAAGAAAUGUCUGUCUUGUGAAUGCUUAUCAGUGUUUGGUAAGCAUGACUCUUCCACCAUCAUUAUCCCAUCAGCUCCAAAAUCAGCGUGAGUCAAUCAUGUUUGUACAGAUUUUACAACAGAAAUGAGCUAACAUUAAUUACUAGAGAGAAAACCAUGAAUAUUCUAAGAGAAUUCCCUUUCUGAGGAAUGGUGACCACAAAUCAUUAUAUAGAUUAGAAGCAAUAUCUUUGACUGCAUGUAGGCACUUGAAGGAAAGUGGCAAUAGACUGGUGCAAUGGUCAGGACAUUGUGGAAGCAUGAAUAUGGGAGUAUUCGUUUCAAGUUGUUUGUAAAUGAUGUAGGGUCGUAACAAUAGUCCUCAUAACUGUACAUAAUGCAUGAGUAGUGUAAUCAUUGAUGUAGUAAUUAGGAUUUCAUCACUGUCUUCAAGGUAUGAGAGAAAGGCUUCAAUUUGUCAAAUUAAGAUUUGAUAUGAAUUGUAGUAGAGACACUUUUGUGGGUGUAUAUUAGACACCAUGUCUUUUAAUUUAUUGUUUGGAGUGUGAGCUUGUGUUUUUUAUUGGUGUAGCUACAGGUGCUGUUUUGGUAGGUACUAUCAGCACCUCUGGAGCUUAUAUGUGCAAAUGAAGUUUUUGUCACCAAUUAUGUGACUUCAUUUGUUGGAAGAUCUCCUUCAAAGCACCAGCACCUUCCCCAUAUCAUGGUGAAAUUACUGUUGCUAUGAAUGUACACCUUCCUUGGCCAAGAUAUGUAAAAAUUAGCAAGAACACAAGAAAAAUAUAUCUGUACUUAAAAAGAGAAACACAGCAGACUUUCUUGUUUAGAUUAUACUUGCAGAAAAAAAGGAGAGGUCUGUAGAACAAUGUUUAGAUGGAACUGGGUUGCAAAAUAAUAGAAGGAGAGCCAUCCGUCCAAGGGUCCCACUCAUGGAUCCACGUUUGGGCUGAUUCUACCUCAGGGUUUGUAGUCAACAACAUAGGCUGUUUGCCAUGUCCAUAGCCUUGGGCCUCCUUUCUGAGGAGAGGGGUCCAAUACAGGCUGCAUGCUGUGUCUGAUACUGUACCAAAUACUGUGAAAACUGAGUGCAGUAGUAAGCUGUGAAAGUCUGAAGGUAGCGGCGGUGUCACGAUGGAAAAGUUGAUUUGUGACAACAGAAAUUUAAUGCUUUCUACAGCCAGAUGCACCACUUGCUUCUGCAGUCAGUUUAUCUGUAACAGCUAUCUAAAUGUACUGCAUACUUGUCACUUACUUGUCAGUUCUUGAUAGUUUUUACUGUCUUCUGUGUAAAUUAUUUGAAAUAAACUUGGGAGUGGACUUGC